AGAUACAAUACACGGCUGAGAAAGCCUGAGAGAACUCUAGAAGAAAGGUCUACUAUGGCUUCUAAACCAGGGAUACUGUACGACUGGCCAUGGACUCCUCUAGGCAACUUCAAGUACGUUGUUUUGGCUCCUUGGGUGAUCCACCACACCUAUCCCUACAUGGUAAAGGAUGCAAGCGGCAGAGACCUUCCGAUGUUUCUCGUUUUUCCAUUUCUGCUGUUAAGGAUGCUCCAUAAUCAGAUCUGGAUUUCGUUCUCUCGCUAUCGAACAGCCAAGGGCACCAACCGGAUUGUUGAUAAGAGCAUUGAAUUUGAGCAGAUUGACAGGGAAAGAAACUGGGACGACAAUAUUAUCUUUAAUGGGAUAGUAUUCUAUAUGGUGGCCACGAUAAAGAGUACUGCAAACAUGCCCAUUUGGAGGACAGAUGGGGUGAUCAUCACAAUUCUGUUACAUGUUGGUCCUGUGGAGUUCCUCUAUUACUGGCUGCAUAGAGCAUUGCACCACCACUUCCUCUAUUCUCGUUACCAUUCACACCACCAUGCUUCAGUAGUCACUGAGCCUAUUACAUCUGUAAUUCAUCCAUUUGGAGAACAUGUGGCCUAUUUCUUGCUCUUCGCAAUCCCAUUGGCCACAACAUUUUUCUCCGAGACAGCCUCUAUUGUUUCAUUUAUUGGUUACAUCAGUUAUGUUGAUUUCAUGAACAACAUGGGGCACUGCAAUUUUGAGCUCAUUCCAAACUGGCUCUUCUCCAUCUUCCCCCCUCUCAAGUAUCUCAUGUACACUCCCUCGUUCCAUUCCUUGCACCAUACCCAAUUUAGAACCAACUAUUCACUUUUCAUGCCACUAUAUGAUUACAUCUAUAAUACAAUGGACAAGUCUACAGAGAGUUUAUAUGAGAGCUCACUCAGUAGACAAGAGGACUCUCCAGAUGUGGUUCAUUUAACACAUUUAACAACACCAGAAUCCAUCUAUCAUCUAAGGCUAGGCUUUGCAUCCCUAGCCUCUCAACCCCAUGAUUUCAAAUGGUACUUCUAUUUCAUGUGGCCACUGACACUUUGGUCCGUUAUGCUCACUUGGAUUCAUGGUCGAACAAUUGUUGUUGAAAGGAAUGUCUUCAAAAAUCUGAAAUUGCAGACCUGGACUGUACCAAAAUUUACCAUUCAAUACUUUGCGCAAUGGCAAAGAGAGUCUAUCAAUAGUCUUAUCGAAGAAGCCAUAUCAGAAGCAGAGAAUAAAGGGGUUAAGUUGUUGAGUCUUGGGCUACAGAAUCAGGCGGAGGAUCUGAAUGGAAAUGGAGAGCUUUACAUAAGAAGGCACCCCCUUCUGAAAGUGAAGUUGGUAGAUGGAAGUAGUUUAGCAGUUGCAAUUGUACUAAACAGCAUUCCGAAAGGAGCAACAGAAAUUGUCCUCAGAGGAAAUCUAUCCAAGGUUGCUUAUUCAAUUGCCCUUGCAUUAUGCCAAGGAGGAACUAAGGUAGGCACCAUCCGCGAGCAUGAGUACAAGAAGCUUAAAGCAAGGCUUAAUCCAGAGGCUAGAAGUAAUCUGGUCCAGUCAAAACAUUGUGCUACAAAAGUUUGGAUAGUGGGAGAUGGAUUGACUGAAGAAGACCAAAUGAAGGCAUCAAAAGGCACUACUUUUAUUCCCUUUUCACAUUAUCCUCCAAAGAAAAUGCGCAAAGACUGUUUCUACCACCAUACACCAUCAAUGUUGGCUCCCAAGCAUCUUGAGAAUUUGGACUCUUGUGAGAAUUGGUUGCCCAGGAGGGUGAUGAGCGCUUCUCGUGUAGCUGGAAUAUUGCAUGUUUUGGAGAAUUGGAAUGUGAACGAGUGUGGAAACAUGAUAUUCAACAUCGAGAAGAUCUGGCAAGCCAGUAUUCACCAUGGUUUUCGUCCACUGGCGGUGACGCCCAAGGCAUAAUCCGACUCCAAAUGAACUCGCACUGUCUUUCGAAUCAGUCAUAUGAUCAUCUUUAUAAAAUUUAAGCUAGGCUAUUGUUCUAUUUCUGGUUACUAUUCUGCUUCGUUGAUUAAGUUAUGAUAAGACUUGAUAUUCGGGUUGUACUCAACUUCACUUUACUGUAAGGAAUUUAUGCUAAGCAGGAUAUGUCAUUUAGCAUUA